GCGCUUUAGUUUAGUGACAGCCGUGGGCUCGUCGGCUUGUGGUUCACAGCCGAGCGACGUUCCUUCGGGUCGGGCCUUCGUGUGGCAGCUCGGUGCGUGAACCCUUUUCACUCGCACGGUACCUUAUUAUGGCAGCUGCGGACCCCCGGUCGUCGAGUGACGGCCGACCGGCGAGCAGAGGCGGGGAGAGCAGCAAAGACCGCGACGGACCGGGCGGAGGCAACGGGGAAGAUGAUCGGGACCGAGGCAGCUUCGAGUGCAACAUUUGUUUCGACAGUGCUAAGGACGCUGUCAUCAGUAUGUGCGGCCACUUGUUCUGCUGGCCUUGCCUCCAUCAAUGGUUGGAGACGAGGCCUAGCAGACCCCAGUGUCCUGUGUGUAAAGCUAGCAUCAGCAGAGACAAGGUCAUCCCACUGUAUGGACGAGGGAGCUACAGUCAAGAGGACCCCCGGUUGAAAACGCCUCCAAGGCCUCAGGGACAAAGAACUGAGCCAGAAAACAGAGGCGGGAAUAUCAUCAAAAGGUUCAGAGAAUCUGGAGAAAUCACUGCAUGUGAGCGGCAAGGCCGAAAACCAACAUUGAAUGCCCGUGACCUUCGAUCCCUCAGGCGGCACUGCAUCAAAAACCGACAUCAAUGUUUAAAGGAUGUCACCACGUGGGCUCAGGAACACUUCAGAAAGCCAAUGUCAGUAAAUACAGUUCGCCGAAAACUGUAUUUACUGACUGAAAAUGUGUGGCGCGUUAAGAAAGCGUUAAAUACGACAACGGAGACCCCGGACUGUUGAACAGCUGAAGCUGUACAUCAAGCAAGAAUGGGAAAGAAUUCCACCGACAAAGCUUCAACAAUUAGCGUCCUCAGUUCCCAAACGUUUAUUGAAUGUUGUUCAAAGAAAAGGUGAUGUAACACGGUGGUAAACAUGAUCCUGUCCCAGCUUUUUUGGAACAUGUUGCAGCCAUAAAAUUCUAAGUUAAUGAUUAUUUGCUAAAAACAAUCAAGUUUAUCGGUUUGAACAUUAAAUAUCUUGUCUUUGUAGUGUAUUCAAAAUAAAUACAGGUUGAACAUAAUUUGCAAAUCAUUGUAUUCUGUUUUCAUUUAUGUUUAACACAACGUCCCAACUUUAUAGGAAUUGAGGUUGUAUACCACCGCCACCUAGUGGUUAUACAAAAGGUGUAGCCUACACUUCUAAUUCCAAUAUUACUGCGGUACAUAUGACUGCAAAAAUGUACAUUUGUGCUCAUGAGUUUACAUACUCAGGCAGAAUUUGUGAAAUAUUGUUUUUUUGUUUUUAAAUACGACUGAUGACUAAACAGCAACCAUCAUGAAUGUAUUUAUGGUUAUGUUUUGAUUAAUUAUAAUGCUUUUCUGAAAUGCGUGAAUUUGAAUCCCAAUAAAAUAAAAUUAAAUGUG